CAUGGCCCUGAACAGUACGAAACCAGCGCGCGUUGGACAAGGCCUAAGUUUUCGGUGGACGAAAAGUCAUCGAUUGUGUUUCAGCAGAUCGACAUCGAUUACUAUUCGACAGUCUUAAACAAGGGAGACGUCGUCUCAUCGCCGCCAAAGGCUACAUUCCGCGUCUAUGGUGCUACCAAAACCGGCAACUCGGUCUGCUGCCACGUGCAUGGCUUUCUGCCAUAUUUCUACGUGCUCUUGGCGGAUUUUGAUUCGACCAGAUGUGAGUCGUUUCGCCGUUCUUUGAAUGCCGCAGUAUUGCCCACGUUGCGUUUCAACAAAGAUAUCGAGUACUUGGCUGACUUAGAUGGAAAGCCACGAUAUUUCGAAAAGUACAUAAUUCCAUCCUCUUACACCAUCUACUCAGAUUUUGGUAGUAUAACGUCCGUAGGACUCGCCAAGUUCUGGAAUCUGGCGGAUGGCGAUUUGAAAGAGAGGAGAUGCCCCCUUUACGUACUUUUGAAAGUGGAUGUCGAAUAUUCAGACAUGAUUAUUCAUGAACCCGAAGGAGCCUGGUCAAGCAUAGCUCCUUUUAGGAUUCUCAGUUUCGACAUUGAAUGCGCUGGCCGCCAGGGCAUCUUUCCGGAACCUGAACACGAUUCUGUCAUCCAGAUUGCCAACAUGGUCUCCAUACAAGGUGCCAAAGAGCCGUUCAUUCGAAACAUAUUCACCUUAGACACGUGUGCACCGAUCGUCGGAUCUCAAGUUAUCUCCUGCAGCAAAGAGCGCGAUUUGCUAUCUAAGUGGGCUGAAUUCGUCCGUGAAGUCGAUCCAGAUAUUAUCACCGGCUACAACAUUCAGAACUUUGAUUUACCUUAUCUGCUGGACAGGGCGCACUGUUUGAAGGUAAAUGAAUUCCUAUUCUUGGGUCGCGUGAAAAACAUCAAGUCUAUGGUGCGUUUAGCGAAUAUUCAGUCGAGACAGAUGGGCAGACGUGAAAACAAGCGGAUUAAUAUCGAAGGGCGAGUUCAGUUCGAUCUGCUGCAGGUACUGUUUCGUGAUUUCAAGUUGCGCAGCUACACGCUAAACGCAGUCAGCUUUCAUUUUCUUCAAGAGCAAAAGGAAGACGUUCAUUUUUCUAUCAUUACCGAUUUACAGCAUCCGGAUACCAUCUCGGUUCUAUGUACUGGACUGCAAGACGCGGCAAAUGGCACCGAACAGACACGACGACGUCUGGCAGUUUACUGCUUAAAGGAUGCGUAUUUGCCGUUGCGGCUCCUAGACAAACUGAUGGCCAUCGUGAACUAUAUAGAAAUGGCCCGCGUCACUGGCGUGCCUUUGUCAUAUCUUUUGUCACGUGGUCAACAAAUAAAGGUCAUUUCGCAGUUGAUGAGAAAGGUAGUAUUAAAAUUUGCCUAAGG